CCCGCGCGCCGCCCGCUGCCAGCCCCAGCUGCCAGCCCGCGCGCCCCCGCUACCAUGGAGCACUUCAUUGAGACCGUGCGUAGGUACCCCUGCCUGUGGAACACCACUGCCAUCGAGUACCGCGACCAGGAGCUCAAGGACGCGGCAUGGAGCGAGGUGAUGAAGGAGACCGACUUGUCGUCAGUGAAAGAAGUGAAGAUGAAAUGGAAGAAACUGCGCGACAGCUACCGAGACGCGUUGAAACGCGAAAUGCUGGCCAAGGAGCCCAAUAACACAGCCAAGAAGAACUACCCCUGGAAAUAUAUGGGACCGAUGCAGUUCCUGCAACCACAUAUGAGCGUGCGCAAGAAGCCGCCAGAGCCCUACCCCGCUCCACCCGAGUCUGCGCACAACGGUGCGGAGCCCCACUCCUCUGAAGAGUCCGAGUCGGAGGCAGACAAUGAUUCCUCCGCGAAACGCAAGGGCUCCGUACGUCUGGCCGCCAUAGACAGAAAGCUGGACUAUUUGUGCAAGGCGCAAAGCAAGCGGCAGUUCACCGAAGCGCACCUUCAUGAACGCGGCCGCCCCCCGCCAGCCGCGCCUGAUCCUCUUGACAUAUUCUUCAACAGCAUGUGUCAAUCGACGAAGCGGUUCCCGUACCCGACGCAAAUUAAGAUAAAGCGUACGCUGUUCGAGGCGGUGGUUGCAGCCGAAGAGGCGCUAGUUGCGGAGCAGCAGAGCUACGCUAGUUUGUGGGCGCGCGGCGCUGGCAGUUCCUCCACCAGCUCGGAUGGUGGGGAGGGCGCGGAGGGCGAUGUCGAGGGAGGGGAGCGCCGACCCUCCUGAGCCGCGUUGUACCGCUGGCUGUACCCGCUGUACGACAGCUACGCGCACUACGUCGCCGCCACCGCGAGCCCCUCACGCCCCGCGCACCCUGCACGCCCUGCAUCGCGCGGCGCAAUCUGAUGCGAGGACCAUUUACCCCACCAACACAUUACGCUCUAAAUUAGUGUAGUCCCAGCGUGGACAAAAUCUCAUCAUUCAAAUCUCAUUAGCAAUAAUUAAAUGUUAUAUUAAGUAAGAUAAGACAAAUCACCCGGGAUGGCUUGUUGGUGUUCAGUUAAAUUCCUGUAUUAUAACAACACAGCAGGCCACAUGUGGAAAGUAAAAUGAAUGUAUGGUUGUAAUUUAAGGGUAUUUAUGUAUGAUAUGUUAUUACUAAUGUAGUAUUAUUAAUAAUAGUAUACUAUUAUAGUAUUAAUAAUAAUAUGAAAGUGUAGUAUUACGUGAUAAUAUUAAAUAACUGAGGUCCUAUUAGGUAGGUAGUCGCUAGCACAGCGCCAAAAAAUUUCGAAUUAAUUUUUAGAAUAGGCCAUGUUGGUCAAAACAUGUCAUUAAAGUAAAUGAAAAUGAUAUUAAAUAAUUUGAAUAUUGUGAUACAAUGUCAAUAUGUUCACGAGGCAAUAAUUCUAUCGAGUAUUACCGCUGUUUAUAUUAGUACCCACUAGCCCACGUACGUCCACUAUUGUUCACUCGUGGGCGAGUGGACAAUCGUCGCCUAAACACAUCGACUGAAUUUAUAAUUAAGAUUGUAUUCGUAAGUAAUUGGAAUAUACUAUGUGGGUCUUGUGAGUUUACAUUUUUCCAGUUGUAAUCCAGCGCUGAUUUCGUCGCUGGAAUAACGUGAACCGGACAGUAUAUUUCUUAAAGAUGAA